AUGGAAGGCGCCCGACUGAAGCGCAUCAUGCGCGAAAUUUCCGCAUGCGAAAAAGAUCCAGAUGAUGAGAUUACUGUGAAAAUGGUGGAUGAAUCGCCAUUCCAUCUCAUUGGCACAUUCCCUGGACCUGAGAACUCGCCCUUUGAAAAGGGCCUUUUCAAGGUGGAUAUUGUCGUACCUGAAGGCUAUCCCUUCCAUCCGCUCCAAAUGCGAUUCCUUACCAGAGUGUACCACCCUAAUGUGUCAUCACAAAGCGGCGCCAUUUGCUUGGAUAUCUUGAAGGACCAGUGGUCCCCCGUCUACACGUUGAAAACCACACUGAUGUCUCUUCGCUCUCUACUGUGUUCUCCAGAGCCGAAUGAUCCACAAGAUGCGGAAGUGGCUAAACAUUACACAAGUAACUUGGAUAGUUACAACAAGACCGCCGAAUACUGGACCAAGGUGUACGCAGCUCGUGAGCCACAGAACGACAACGCCGAUGUUGUGCAGCUGGCUGGUCUAGAAGAGGCAGAUGUGCAGAAAUUCUGCCAGAAGGGGUACAAUCGAAACGCUGUCGUGACAGUGCUGAAACGUCUGAACUACCGUGGCGACAACGCUCACAAUAUCACGGAUGAGCAGGUGAUUAGCCUGCUGGGGCAAAUGUAA